CCAUCGAUUGUACUCAUUAUAAAAGAAUGUUAUAGUUUCUUCUAGUGUCUUUUUGAAAUGACAUAAAUGUAAUAAAAAAAAUUAAAAAAUUGUAUCCAUGUCAUCCAAAAUUGUAAUAAAACUGGUUGUACUCAUUAUAAGAGAUCCUCUAAUGCCUCCCCCUGCCACUUCCAAUAGGGGUUAUUUACCUCCUCCUCCACCCCCUCCUCCACCUCCUAGUCUCUCACAUAAAGCUUCUUCUACACCACCUCCUCCACCCCCACCGCCGCCCCCUUUCAAUUCAUCUAAGGUUGCACCACUAGCCCCUUCACCUCCCCCUAGUCAACAAUCUUUUGUGCCACCCCCACCGCCCCCACUGCCACCGCCACCACCAUCCUCAGGAAGUGCAAUUAACAAAUUUCAACCACCACCGCCACCACCUCCGAUGCCAAAACUGUCCCCUUCGUGUUCAACAUCUAAUCCUACUUCUGUUCGUGGGGUACCGCCUCCACCACCUCCACCUCUAACAAGUGGGAACCCUGGUAAUGUUUGUCGGCCACCACCACCUCCACCACCUCCAGGACCUGCACGGCCAGGUUCAAUUGUGCCUCCUCCACCACCAGUUUCCUGGUGCUCCUACACCACCAAGUCGUGGUGCAACACCAGCUCCUCCCCCGCCUCCUAGAGCUAAAGGCUCUAAUGCACUACCGCCACCACCUCCGUUAGUUGGUAAGGUGAAAGCUUCUUCGGGGCCAUCAAGUCUUGGAAGAGGUCGAGGUGCUGGUAGCACUACUCUUGCCCCUAAGAAAUCUUCACUAAAGCCCCUACACUGGAUAAAAGUUACUCGUGCGAUGCAAGGGAGUUUAUGGGCUGAUUCUCAAAAACAGGAAAAUCAGUCAAGUGCCCCUGAAAUAGAUAUUUCAGAGCUUGAGAGUCUGUUCUCAGCUGCCUCUGCUACGGAUGGGAGUGGCACUAAAGGUGGAGGUCGACGUGGUUCUAACAUGAACAAACCUGAGAAAGUGCAACUGGUUGACUUGCGUAGAGCGUAUAAUUGUGAAAUAAUGCUCUCAAAAAUAAAAAUUCCUUUGCCAGAUAUGAUUACAUCAAUGUCAAAGUUUUUCAAAGUGAUGUCUAAACUUUGUCAUCUAUUGACAACAUUGCAUGGUCUUACCGUUGAGCAUUCAGCUAACCUUGAUUGUGUGUUAGCAUAA